AUGGAAAUUCAAGUUGUUGACCGAGAACAAAUUAAUCCAUCAAUUGAAGAGAGUACAAUAACACAACUUAAUCCCCAAUCAGAUCAACAACAAUCCGUGGAAAUAGAUUUAAACAAAGCUGAUGGAAACUCAAAUAAUGCUGAACUACAUGACAUCUCAAAACAAUUUACUAAUGCUAAUGCUAACAACCAGCAUGAAACAUUUAAGGACCUUUUAUUUGUUGAUCCUGGUGAAAAAGAACCUGACGAUGAUGAUCGUUAUAAUUCCUCAAUUUUAAUAUCACUUCGUAUUGAAGUUGCAACACAGAGAUUUAAAGAUACUCGAAGAGUUUCUUCAACUCGUAACCAAGUACUUAGUUCUUAUCUUAAUUUUGGAGAGGUCAAGAUAGGCCAAAAUCCAGAUACUGCUUCGAAAAAAUCAGCAGAUUUUAUUCAAGAAGAAUUAAUAGUGGAUUUUACAUAUGUAGUUAAGGCCUAUUUAUCUAGCUAUAUUAUGGAUCAAUCAGGUUAUUAUACAUUAGAACAUUUUUAUGAAGCACCUAUAGUUGUAUCAUCAUUUCUAAAUUAUUUGGUUAGACAUGAUGUGUGUCCAGAACAUUCAGAGGAUAUAUUAAGAGCAAUUGAAAUUGCAGAUCGUGCUAAAGUAGAGUUGCCAAAUUGUAAGAGUUUUAUAUUGACUGCUUUUAACAAAUUUAAUAAGGCAUGUUCUAUAUUGUAUGGUGGUGGUUUAUACGGUGUCUUUGAUAAUCCUUGGAAUUUAAAAAGUACUAUGGAAUGUAUGAAAAUCUCAUUAAGUGAAGCCAAAGAAAUCAUCAAUAGAACAUUUGGAGAAAAUGCUUUAGAAAAUAUUAAACAUGUUGAAGCAGCCACAAAAAAAGCGCUUCAAGUGGAAAUAAUUAACAUAGAAAAGUCGCCAGAAAAGUAUUUAAAAGAUGGUAAGAAAGAAGAUUCAACGUCAUCUACAUCAAGUACCGACAAGGAACAAAGUGAUACCAGCGAUUCUUUAGAUGAUGAUAAAACAAACAAAACUGAUGAUGAUAUAGGACUUUACAAAAUGACAGUUAGAACAUGCAAAGAGCCAACUUUAGAAUCAUUUGAUGUUCAUAUUGAGUUUGAAGCAUUACAGUAUGCAAUGGUUGGAAUGUUUAUAAUAGCUGAUUUUCAUCAAUUGUCAAAUGGAUGGUGGUAUUAUGAUACUAUGACAAAUGUUUAUCCAUCUUAUUAUGAAAUGUGUGAAGACUCUGAUGAUGAUGAAUAA